GAGGGUGGGACUUUAAUAAGUUUCGUUUUCCACAUUUUGACGCCGUGUUUUGUGGGUGACUAUGAGAAGGAGGGCUUCAUCCCUUUUGUCCAUUCUUUAGGAAAGUGUUCAUUGUGCAGGCUGGUUGUGACACUGGUCCAUUUGCUUCAGCAUAACAAAGCUGACUUUGCCGCGAUCCUUUUUUAAAACUCGAUCAAAGCUUAGCGAAUUAACUUCAAAGGGCUUCACUAACUUCUUCCAUCUUCCAAAAAAGAACGCCUGUUUAAGACAAAAUGGCCGAGAAAAAUGAUUACCAACCAGAAGACAUUGACUGUUUUUUCUUUCAAUACCAGACUCACUGUGAGGAAGAGCAAUGUCGAUUUCUACAUAGAGAGAGCUGCAAGUCAUCACAAGAUGUCUGUCAAGUGUGGCAUGAGCAAAAUGGGUGCAAAAACUAUUCCUGCCCCCAAAAACAUUUAAAUCGAGAGACCCUGAAAAGGUACUUCUUAUGCGACCAAGAGAAUCUAAAUGAUUGCUGUAAGCGGGCAAACUGCCAUUGGUACCAUGAAAAAGUCAGCAAUGUGGAUGGAUUUUACCGUUCUGCAAAUGAAGUCCCGGUGUUAGCUGAAGAGAGAAGGAGAACAACCCAGCUUCUACAAUCAAUGUGCACCAUAUUGUUUAUGCAUGCUGAUGCCCACAAUGAAGGGUGGACUAUGAGAAUUGAACGUAAUAACUUUAUGGAAAAAAACUUCACAGGGACACAGAUCUCUCUGAAAAGCGCAAGCCAGUUUAUAAAAAUAGCUGUGAAAUUCAUUCAGUGUGCUGUUCGAGACAGGAAGUUGUCUGGGGACAGAGGGAAACAAUACAUAAAAGAGAUACUGCAUACUAUUCUGUUUUUUUGUCAAAUCAAUGACCCUGAUUUUGAACCAAAAGACAUAUUGGAAGAAUCAUUGGAACUCUGGUCUUGCAAGCUUCCAGAUGUGUUUGAACAGUACAAAACGCAUCUUCCAACUCGACCACCUUACACAAUUCUACUUGAAAUAGUGGUUGACUACGAGGAAUCAGACAAUACUGAAAGAAUUUUAGAUUUGCUGUCGAAACUAAAUAAGAAUAUGACUGUGGAACAAAAUAGUCAAGAAGGCAGUAGGUGUGGGAAUGGCCUUUGUUUUGUAUCAAGAGUUAUCAGCUGCUGUUUCUUCCAGGACUUGGACAGCAAUACAAAAACUGACAAUUAUUUUGGUGCCUCAGUUUCAUGCUUUGGAAAACAUCAGAAAGAACUCAUGAUAGACAUAUUGUGCUACCACACAUGGAAUGAAGACAUUAGCCUGGCAGUAUGUAUGGCUUUAGAAGGUCACCCACGGGCUUUGGUGUUGCGCCCUCAGGUGCAUUCUAUUGCUUACCCAAUGAGGGAUAAUCUCAACAGACCAAGAGAAGUGCACAUAGCCAAUGGUAAACAUCAACUACAUACUCCCAUACCACCUUGUAGAAAAUGCCUAGACCUGUUCCCAGACAUAGGAAAUGAUCUACAACAAAGAAACAAUGUCCAUCAAUUUUGGUCAUAUGGGAAUUGUGCUGAGGUAGAAUCUUUAAACAGGCUUCUGAAUGCCCAUGGGGACAUUUCCAGAAGAGAAGCUGCUCCUCCAGGGGAUAAGUUCACUUUGGAAUCUCUUAAAAAUAAAAGAAAAGGAAGAAUUGUACAUAACCUAAAAUUAUUCAAGUUUCAUUUGGGAAAUAAGCUUUUAUUUUAUAGACCUUCUGAACUACAGAACAAAGCUUAAUGCUGAUUGGUUUAAUGUGCAAGUGCUUUGUGAUUCUUAAUUUUCAACAUGCAGCUCAUAAACUGUGACAAACAUUAAUAUUGCAGUAAUAGCGAUGUUCAGAUGUUUGGAGUACUCUUAUUACUGUAGUAUUCGGCUGCUGUGACAAAAUAAACAGUUAAAUUUAAAUUUUAGAGUAAAAUUGACAUACACAUUAAAUAGUUGUUUGAUAUUACAAAAUUUGAACAUCACUAGUCAAAAGACAUGUUGUCAAAGCAUUUCGUCUUGCACUCAUCAUGACAAGGUGUGUGUGUUGCCUGCAGCAUUACAUAGGCAUGGAUUAAUCAUGGAUGAGCUGGGCUUAUCCAUUUUCUUCAUCUUCAUUUCAAAGACUCCAAACCAAAAUCACUGAUUUGAAAGGUACAGCGCAGUGUGCAUGUUGAAACGAUAGCUGCGGCUCCAAAUUAAACCCAUUUUUAACAAAUCACAAAGAGCAUGUAUUAACUGGCUUGUCCCAUCCCUCACUUGGAGAUUCGCAAUACAGAUUGUUACAAAAUGUAACCAGCUGAGCUGAAACAUUCUUCUCUGAGUGAAGCUGGCUUCCAAACUAUUUUGUACCAAUAAAGAAUUUUGAGAAGACAAUAACCAAGCUAAUUAUCGGGCAAGUCACCGAUUAAACCUAUACUUUAAACGGUGACUUAUUAUACUUUAUAAUAAUUAUUUUAAAAAGGUUACAUCUUUAAGUCAAGUGCUACCUCUACUGCCAAGUUUCUAUUUUUUCCUGAUGGAAUCGUUUGAGCAGUUUACUGUGUAGUACUAAUCUGUACAGAUUUAUUUAUUUUGCUACUAUGAAUCAAUAUCUCAAUUUGAAUUUUGAAAUAUUUCUGUAAUUAAUAGAGAACCAAAAUAGAAUGGUUGGGCACUCAAAAGUGUCAACUUGCUCUGUUUCUGACAAGAACAUUCUAGCAUUCACUUUCUCUCUUUUGGGUUGGUGCAGUAAGCAUCUUGUUAGGAAAACUGAUUGCACUUGCCUGAGUGCUGUUUGUGACCUGACUGUUACACCUAAUUAAAAAGAACUUUUGCUGUA